UAAUGGUCCAAUCAGUAGGCCAGGAUCGUGACAGGAUCAUCACGCAUCUUCUUCACACACUCUAGGUUGGAGAAGUUGUAGUUACAAUGAAAACGGCAAGACUUUUGGUGUUAUGUCUAAUAGGGUUCCUAGAAAUCGAUUGGAGCCAUUUGCAAGCCACAAGCUCUCGAGUAGAAAGGAAAGAGCUUCUUGACAAAUUGUUAGAAAGUUAUGAUCCAGAGCUUCGCCCAUCAGGAAUGAAUACAGAAGAUGCACCUGUUAUCGUGAAGGUGAACAUGAGGCUUAAGAGCAUCAAUAGCAUCUCAGACUACGAUAUGGACUAUGGUAUUCAGAUAAUGUUGCGAGAGGAGUGGUUUGAUGAGAGGCUUCAGUUCAAGGACAAAGAAUAUUUGAACUACCUUACAUUUACUGAUCCUGCCAAAAUAUGGACCCCGGACAUCUUUAUAUCUAACGAAAAGGACAGCCAUCUCCACAAGUUAAUGUCUCCGAAUCAUUUUGUACGGAUAUAUCCAUCUGGACACAUACUCUACAGUGCAAGACUUUCUCUUACCUUAUGGUGUCACAUGGAGUUGGAGAAUUUCCCUUUUGACACCCAAGUAUGCAGUUUGAAUAUGUCGGCCUACGGAUCUACUACGUCAGAUGUUAAGUUCUUGUGGCGUGAGUCAGACGCUGUUCAGGUAUCCAGCAAUAUCAACAUCAUGGGCUUCACACUAGGAAAAGUGUUAACAUCGUCAUUUCCCUGCAGUACUAACACAGGAGAGUACAGUUGUCUGAAGGCAGAGAUGCACUUCAAGCGCGACCUCAAGUACUACAUUCUGCACACGUUCCUCCCAAGCACUGUGCUGGUGGUCGUGUCCUGGGCCUCCUUCUGGAUGGACCGUCGUGCCGUGGUGGCUCGUAUCCUGCUGGUACUGUCCACGCUGUUCGCUAUGUCCUCCCUCGCCACUGACAUAGAGGCCUCCGUGCCUCACGUCCCCUACGUCAAGGCCAUGGACCUCUGGGCAGCGGUCUGCUUUACAUUUCUGCUCGCUGCGCUGGUAGAGUUUGCCAUAAUCAAUGCCACCAGCCCUGGCGAUGCUGAGGUUACCCUAGGAGAGGUCAGGAACGAUGAUGGAUCCACCACCGUCGACAUGAAACCACUAGUCCGAAAGUCCACUGACUCCACCCAGCCCCCCUGCAGUCCCACCGUGCAGGGGACGGAGCCCCCCUUCUACCAAGUGCUACUUCAGAGAUUACCAAGAGACCCCAGCCGUAUUGACUCCGUCGCUAGAGUCUUCUUCCCUUCUGCCUUUCUUGUGUUCUUUGUGUUAUACUUCCUCACGUACUACAUAUUUGACAGUCCGAGCACACUGGAUUAGAAAACUUUACCAAUUUCAAUAAGUUAACAUGUGUUUCGCUUAAGUUAUUAAAAUACUUGUUCUUAAA